AUGAUCAAAUAAUUAAAUUAAGAGUCUAUUUUACAUAUAUCAACAUCUUCAACUCUAUAGAGUUUAGCAAGUUUUGUUAAAGAAUUAAUUGAGAAUUCGAUUGAUGCUUAGUCAACAUAAAUUAUUGUGAAUUUUUUUAAUAAUGGCAAAGAAGGUUUUGAAGUAAUUGAUAAUGGAAUUGGAAUUUCAACUAUUAAUUAAAAAUAAUUGGCUACUAGAGGAGGUACAAGCAAAAUUUAAAAUUUUGAAGAUUUGGAAGUAUCAUAUGUAUAUUAUUAAGUUUGUUCUUACUCAUGGAUUUAGAGGGGAAGCUUUAAAUUCAAUAGCAACAUUAUCUAAUGUAACAAUUAUUUCCAAACAUAAAGAUGAAGAACUAGGAUGGAAAUGGGAAAUACCACAAGAACCAACCAAAAUAGCCAGAUAAACAGGAACAUCAAUUAAGGUAGAAAAUAUAUUUUAUACUCUUCCUGUUAGAGCAUAAGAGUUUAAAAAGAAUUAUAAAAUAGAAUAUAAUAAAGCUAUUAAUAUAUUGACAGAAUAUGCAAUCAUUAAUACAAAUAUUGAAUUUAAAAUCUAUAAUGAGGAAGAAGUAUAAUUUAAUUAAUUAAUUAAAGAAAAAUAAGAAAAAGCUCGUCUUAGAUAGUGGAUUGGAAAAUCAAAAUAUGAAAUAAAGAAUUACAAAUGUUUUAGGAGAGUCUAUUGCUAACGACUUAAUCCCUUUUGAAAAGAUCUAAUAAGAUUUUACAUUAAAUGGCUUUUUGA